GGGCGGUUACCGCUCUCCGGAAAAGGCUCCGCGUGCCCGGGGUGUGGCGUCACGCUGACGUCAGUUCCCGCCCCGGCCGCUGGGGAGCCCCCAACGCGCGUUUUCGCCGGCAAGCGCCGCAGUCUCGCGUCGUCUGCUACAAUCCGAGGGCGCGCGCGUUCGCGUUCGAGGGGUUGUCGCUGGAGGACGAUCUUGACGGCUGCACGAGGAAAGCAUCCGUUGGACAGAGACGCACCCGGUCUGUUACGGUGGCCCGACGCGGUCGUGUCCAAGGCUACGUUUUCCUCGCCGGACAAUUCGGUACGGUCGUCAAUGUGCGCUACUUGGCUCGAGGGGGUCGAAAACUGCACUCUUCGUGACCCGCCAGCUGCACGAGAUGCGUGCUUUGAAGGAGACAGCCAAGGGCUCGUGAGUCCGUCGUGAUUGUGCCGUGGAACGAAUCGCUGCUGCUGUUGUUGCUGCCUGUUUGCCAAAACAAAACUUUGUAGCAUUUACGCCAGGCAAGUGACAGUUUGCUCCUGCGCUCAUCUUGCCAUCUGUAGCGUUCCUCUCAUUGAUCACGUGUGCAAACUUUUUUAGCGAUGUACGGUUGGCCAAUAUUCAAGUUGUAUGUGAUUGAAUAGCAACUACUUUUCGCAUCAUUCGAACCACUUAGUGGUUAUUGCGUGUAAUAAGUAGUCGCAAUUUUUCGGCUACACUCGGCUGUUCAUGAGUUUGGCCGCUGCGCCUGUGAAUAUAUGUGCCAUAGACCACGAAAGGCAGUCUGUUUAAGAGCCACCUCGUUUCGUCGUAUGUGUAUUUAGCAGCGGCGACAAGAAAAUCUCCCCUUAUAAGCGUUCUUGAAGAGCUUAGAGGCGACUCACAUUGCGUCGACACGACUCCACGAGCCUGCUUUGUUGACAUCCGCUUCCUGCAGCUUAAUGGUCACUGACACGAGAGAACGAGCCGUGUUCCGUGAAAGACGCUAACGGUCCCGAAGAUUUAGACGGCGGUUACGUGCGGGCACUGUAUCUGUAGCAGCCAUCAGGGCGCUUUUGACGAAAGGCUUCGGCUGUUUCGACAGGUCUGUUUCAUCGCUUUGAGCUGUUGCUUUCUUCAAUCUGGAGCCCAUGUUUAUUGAUCUUGUUGUCAGUAUAUAAUUAGCGUUGUCAUUACAAAUUGAAGUAAGACGACUGCCUUUAUAGCGGCCAACGCUGUUUCGGAUCGUUUCAUUCCGUCUUCGUCAAGGUCAAUAUCGGAAACCGAAUCAGACUUCAAAGAUAUCCUGAAUUCGUUAUUUGUUAAGGGGGAAAAAAUAGAGAGGCUCGUUUAUUUUAAAGCGGUGAUCGUUUUGCUCAUUUUCGCUUGAGCUGAUGCUGAAAAAGAUGAAAAAAAUUUAACGACGUUUCUCAGAAAGGGCAGUACAAGGUAAAGUGAACAUAGAGAAACAAGUUUAAACUAAGAUUUCUCUGCGAUUUUCUUUAUUUUUUGAAAGUGCGAGCGUUUUGCGAACAGCUGUCUCGAAUACGAAGCACUUAAAGGCCGAUGCUAAAAGGACACUAACGUUUUGCAUGGCAUAUCGAACACUCGAUCACUGAAGCAAUAAAGCAGCGGUAAGUAAGACUGGGAGGUACAAGGGAGGUCAGUGCAGGCAGAGCAUUCUGUUCAUUCCGCGCGAGGCAUUUCACAAGCGGCUUACAGUCGGCAGCAUCGAAAGAUUCGGCCGAGCGCUCGGUGUAUCCGUGCGUCAUGAUCACAGACGGAACCUCGAGCUGUCCACCUGAUACGCAAACGGUGGAAAGCUGCAGAAUAGGGCAGCCGUAAGGCCUCGAGAACCGCCGUCUCGUCGCCCGAGAUUCCACGCACGCGAAGUUGAAGAAAUAUCCGCACCUCGGCAGCCAAAGCGGUCCUCUGAAGCCUCGAGACUCUGCCCAGCGACCUCGCGAGGGCAUCGACGCCCGUCUUCUGCGCGUCAUGGACCGUCGCAAGAAGCUUCCGUUGCGCUUGGGCCUGUCUUCGGCCGCCGUGCCGAGCGUGAAGGUGACGCUGCCGCCCAAGCGCGACCGGUCCCGCUCCCUGUGCGUGGACAGGCUGCCGCCGCUGAUCGCGCGCAGCCCGCCGGCCGUGGCCCGGGCCGUGACGCUGGGCAGGCGGUGCUCGGCAUCCGGCACCGUGGACCGCCUCACCGUGCACAGCUGCCACGGACACGGUUCAUCAUCGACUGACCUUGCUGCAAGGAGAGGAGUCUUCAGCAGGCGCCAUUAUGGCUCCGUGGAAAUGUUGGCAUCGUGCGAUGGCGACUCGGAAAACAUUGUUCGUCGAUUUCGAGUCGAGACUGGAGAGCGAUCUGAUAAGGAAGAGGCCUUUUGGACGCAGGGAAAGGAUGACGUCUGCCUGUUCGGCUCACCGAGCACCCCUGUGCUGGAGAACCCAGAGUACCAAACACGCUGGUACUUCAAGUAUUUUCUUGGCAAACUGCACCAAAAUUACGUGGGUUGCGACUCCGAGAAGACGUGCUUCUUUCUGUCCGUCGUGUUGUGCGACUCCAACACGCAAGGCCUGCAGCAGUACCGUGCCAUCCUCUGGAGGAAAACGGGAGCCCAAAGAAUAUGCCUAUCCCACACACCGAACAAGCCACUCACAGUCAAGUCAAUACUGAGCAACUUCGAGACACUGGACAGGAUCGAAAAGGGGCCCAAGGAGAUCUUCACGCCUGACAUUCAAAAGGACCUGCUUUUGCUGGAAGAACAAGAGGGAUCUGUGAAUUUCAAAUUUGGCGUGCUGUAUGCUGAGGCUGGCCAAAGCACUGACGACGAGAUGUUCAGCAAUGAGGUGGGAAGUCGAGAGUUCGACCGCUUCGUCAACCUGCUUGGCGAGAAAGUUCGCCUGAAGGGCUGGGACAAGUACCGAGGAGGCCUGGAUGUCAAAGGCGACAUGACGGGCAAGCACUCGGUCUACACUAUCUACGAGGGCCACGAAAUCAUAUUCCAUGUCUCCACACUGCUCCCCUACUCCAAGGAUAACAAGCAACAGGUGGAACGAAAGCGUCACAUUGGGAACGACAUUGUGAAUAUAAUCUUCUUGAACGGAAGCUACGAAGACCACUGCAACUUCAAGCCAUCGAUGAUCAAGUCUCAGUUUACUCAUAUUUUUGCAGUCGUGUCUUACAUCCGAGAAGAGGAUGCUUACAGGUUGUCUCUGUUCUCAGAAGAGUCUGUGCCGCUGUUUGGGCCGUCGCUGCCAUGUCCUCCAGUGUUCCACAACCACCAGGAGUUCAGAGAGUUCGUGCUUGUUAAACUGAUCAAUGGUGAGAAGGCGGCCUUCAACACGCCAAUCUUCGCCCAGAAGCGAGAGAGGACGCUGGACAUGCUGAUCAAGGACCUCUACAACGAGCACAUGUCGGAGAGCAGGACGAACAUGCUGAACAGGCGUGCAUUCAGUGACGUGUUGCCAGAGACACCCAGAGGUUCGCGUCGCAAAGAAGAGGCCAGACAAGUGGAGUUCGUGCGGAUUGGACAGGCCCUGAAGCUGGACACCAUUGUAAAAGGGGAUGCUCCCACCAGUCUCGCCACAACUAGUCUCUUCAAACGAGAACCUUGGGAACCCCAGUGCUUCUACCCAGACUUCCCUCACGAUAUCGUCUGUGGUGAUUCUUGGGGUAACAACAAAUUGGUUCUCGGGACCGAGUCUGGAAUAUUUCUCAUCGAGGAAGGACUCACGCAUAGGAUGAUAUUCGACAAAACUGUACUGGUGAAGCAAGUCAGCGUGGUGGAAGCUCACGGCAUACUUCUAUUCAGGACAGACAGAGGAAGAGACAGCAGAGUACACGUAUUUAGACUCACUGACUUUGAGGGCGACUCGGCCAAUUCUCUAGUGCGCACGCGGGCCGACCUCCGGGACCACAAGCUGGAGCGAACCAAAGGGUGCCACCUGUACGCGCUGAGCCGUCCGGGAGGCUCGCACCUGCGCAUGGCGGCGGCCGUGGGACGGCGGCUGCUGGUGCUGCAGUGGCGCCACUCGGCCGCCUGGACCACGUGGUGCGCCGCGUCGGACACCGACACCGUGGACGGGUUCCAGCUGGUGCGCGAGCUGCUCGUUCCCGAGGCGCCCGCGCUGCUCACGCUCGUCGACAGCCCCGACAACCACAUCUGCGUCGGCUACCGCCACCAGUUCGACCUCGUCAGCGAGAAGACGGGCGACGCCACCCGGCUGCACACCGUGGACGCCGCCAAGGCGCACCUUGUCGCAGCGCUCGACAUCUACGAGGACGACGAGGCCGAGCUGCUGCUCUGCUACAACCAUACAACACACUUCCAGAAGUUGAAUGACGAGAAUACGACGGAAUUCGACUUCCAGUGGAACGCUGUGCCUGACAACAUUGUGUGUGUGUUUCCUUACAUCAUGGCCUUCACGUAUGAGAGUAUUGAGAUUCGGCUCAUCAUCAACGGAAAUCUCGUGCACAACAUGACCAUGCCCAAGCUGAAGCUCAUCACUUCCAAGAGUGACAUCUUUUUCGUGAGCACCGCGCCGGAGUUCUUUCAAGUUCGGAAAGAGCGCAUUAAGGAAGACCGCAUGGAACGUGAUUCCAGCGUGUCGCCUCCAUCAUCGCCGCAUUGCGAGUCGACGGGUAGCACGGGCUCCAACGACGGAGCAAAGCCGCUGCGAGUGUACCGCAUUUCAUUCAGUUGCCUCACUGGCAACUCACCCUGCGAGAGGCGGGUGCCGACACCGUCGUUGCCGUCACCACAGCCCCUGCUUGCCACGCCGUCCUUUGGGUCGUCUUACCUGUCGCCCGAUUUCCAGGAAGGGUCGCGACUGCGGCCGGACGUGCGUCCGAGCCGGAGCGCGACCGCGUCGCCCGUACCCCAAAUGCCGCUCCUGCUGCCCGGAUACCGAUCGGUGUCGCCCAGGCGCCCGGGACUCCACAAGGACCACACGCACUCCGCGAGCUCGGACUCGGGCCUGGGCAAGAGCGUCAGCUCUAGCCCUCCCCCCAGUCCGCACAACCACGACUAGCGCCAUGUCUCCUUGGGCUGCGCCACACAUCCCUGCGUUCGAGACUCCUUGAUCGCCGGGGCCCGGGCGACAGACACGUCGGCGAAGCCGCCUAUUCGUCCUUCCCUUCGGCGAGACACUCGACGUUUUCCGUUGACCUUACGCGCUUAACAAGACGCGCGAUCACUUGUACUCGACGCGGAGCGCCGAGAGGGGCCUGCUUCGACUGCUCCCCAACACGCCUCGUUUGCACUCGAAGGCAUUGGAAAAAGCUUACUAGUACAUUGUUGGCCUCGUUUCACUUCGCUGAUAUAUUGUGUAAGAUCCCGUUCUUGUUUUCGUGUGUGAAACCUGACGUUGUCUUCAAUGUGCGGCACAU